UGAAAGGAAGGAUUUUGGAGGUAGGUUUAGUGGAGGAAGGGUGGAAGGGGAGGAGGGGUAAAUGGUGGAUUUAGGGAGAGAUUAUAGUGAGCAUGAAUGGAGUGUGGAGCUAGGACCCUUGGUAAGGAGAUUUGAGUGUUUGGAGGGGGUUAUGGUGGAUGUAGACGAAGAUAUGCCCAGCGAAUGAUGAGACGCCGAAGAAGAUGUUGUUUAUAGAGACUUCUACUUUGUUAGUCCAGGAAGUUGAUAUCUCAGAUACUGAUAUUCGGCUAGAUGAGGGUGUGAAGAUAAAGGGAAUUCUAGGAGUUAUCCAAAUUUACCCAGUUUCUUACUUGCUUGUUAUCACAAAACAGAAAUUGAUUCAUGAAAUCCUCAUUCCUUUCAGGAUGAGAAUCUACGAAAUCACUGAAGUUGAUCUGCUUGUUCUUCACAAAGAGGGAGAUGAAAAUAUAGAGUAUAAAGAUGCCAUUAAGAAGAUCAUGAAUUUUGGCUUUUAUUAUUCCCCUGAUGUUGAUCUUACAACUCGGAUCAACUGAGAGUUUAAUUCUCAAGAUUCUGAAGAAAGGAAGUCAGAGAUUAUUAAGGAUAUUCCAAAGGAAAAUUUAGCGAAUCUUGACAAUCAAGAUAAGUUCUGGUGGAAUAAAAGACUGUAUCAAAGUCUGGAGCUGUGCGGUAUCCCAGACUCGCCAUGGAGAAUCAGGAUGAUCCGAGGCCAUGUUGAGCAAGAAGAGAUCUUUAUUGGGAGUAGCUCUCUGAUAACUGUAACCUUGAUCUCUCGGAAAGCUACACUCAUGGGUGGUAUUAUUGAUACAGGCAUUGAUGAUGACGGAAGUGUCUCACAUUAUGUAGAGACAGAGCAAUGUCUUGAAAUCGGCAAUAACUUCCUUUCAUUUGUGAUGGUCAGAGGAGCAGUUCCUUGCUUCUAUGACACUGAACUUCAGAGAGAGUUUGAAAUGCAUGAUGCAGCUUUUAAAUUUCAUAUAAAGAGCAUGAUCGAGGACUAUGAAAAGAUUAUUUUGAUUAACUUGCUGGAUACUAAUAAUGUAUAUGAGGCCUCUUUAACAAAAUUUUAUGAGUUUUUGGUUAAAAACAAUCUUGACAGCUUCAAUAAAUGAUUGAGAUAUCGCCUGAUUAACUACAGAGAAGAAGCACUUAGAGAUGAUAUGGAGAAAAACAAGCAGUUAAAGGAAACUGCAGAGGCAAUGAAAUUUUUAUGGGUGAAUUCAGACGGAAUUGUUAAAGAUACACAGAAAUGAGUUCCGAGGUUCAAUUGCCUAAAUGGGCUCCACAGAUCGAACCAAUGCCAAGAGAAGGUCUCUAUACUUGUCUUAAGACGAAUCAUAAGAGCACUACAUGAUGAGUAUAUUAUUGAUGAGAUUAAGGUCAGAUGGAAACUUCUGUUUCCUAAAAUAGAGGGAAUGUAUAGAGCAAAUCAAGCAAAAAUCUGAAUUGAGAGUGGCUGUCAUUGUAUUGGAAACAAAAAGCAAGAGGACGAUGGCUAUCUGCAAUCAAUGUAUAACCAGGUCACUUCUAUUGAGAAAUAUUUCUCUAAUUUUGUGGGAACUAACCAAGACAAAGAGGAUAAUCUAUACCAAGAAGCACUAGAGUAUACUAGAGGUCUAACAAUGAAACAAGAGGGAGCAGCAGAUAAUAGUAUCGAUAAAUAAACUAUUCGAGGAAGAACAAAAAUACUCCAGGAUUAAUAGGUACAAGUUCGGGUUUCUCACCUGGAACCUUGCUGGCAAGAAUUAUGAUGAAGAUAUGGACUUUUACAAUACACUUCAGUCAAAUAACCCUUCUUUGGUUGAGCCUUCAGAUAUUUAUUUUGUUGGGUUCCAGGAGACAAGAAAAUUGAAUGCUUUUGCCAUUCUGAAAGGAGCAAGUAAGACACGGAGUCAUCGCCUCAAGCAAGAGGUUCUUCAGGCCUUAAAUCAGAUAGCGAGAAAGCAAGAUUGCGAUUGUGAAUAUCUCUGCUUUUCUGAAGUAUCGAUGUGAGGACAAUUGAUUCUAGGGUACUGUAAAUCCUCAAUAAAAUGGAAAAUCAGCAAGAUCGCAACAACCAAAAUUAAGCAAGGGUUUGGUGGUAAAACAGGAAAUAAAGGCGCAGUAGUUGUCAGGUUCAAUCUAGAUGACACAAGUAUAAUUGUUGUAAAUGCUCACCUUGAAAGUGGACAGAAAAACCUUGUUGAACGUAUUUCUCAGUUCCAAGACAUAAAGGAAAACUGCGUUGUCGGAAGAAGAAAGAAAAAUUAUAAAUUUUCUUCUCACAAAUGAAAGUUUUUCAUGGGAGAUUUAAAUUUCAGAAUAAACCUAGACUAUGAGGAAGCUAAAGUUUCGUCCCAAAACUUCAGUGCGGAUGACCAGAAGAUCUUAAGAGAGAAAGACCAAUUGAAUAUUGCGAAGGUUACUGAAGAAGUUAUGAUCGAUGUUAGAGAAGGUCAGCUUAACUUUAAACCAACUUAUAAAUACGAUGAAAACAGCGAUGUUUACGACACAUCUAAAAAGAUGAGAGCUCCAGCUUGGUGAGAUAGGAUCCUGUGGUUCGAAAAUGAGAAGCAUAUUGAUCAGCUGAGUUAUGAGAGGAAAGAGAACCAGUUCUCAGACCACCGACCUGUAAUAUCUUUUAUAAGUGUUAUGACUUAUACCCAUGAUAGUAAACUUAUGAGAGAGUUGAAGCAACAAAUGGUUCAGCAGAGGAAAGAAGAGUAUUUUAAAAGUAGAAGAGAUACUUAUUUCAACUACGCUGUCACAGGGAAGCUAAAGCUUAAAAAGUCUAAGACAAGUAUUGGAGAAGACUACCAGAGCCCGCCUUCUUCUCCUAGUAGGAGACAUGACUUUGUAGUAAAGAAAGAUCGUACACCAGGAUCUAAAAAGAAAGAAUUUCACCUGGAAUUAAGCCCAGAUAGAGACUAUUUUCAAGACUAAGACAUAAUUCAUGACUUAAAAUUCAAACAAAUAUUAUCUGGAUUAUUUUAAGCACUCUGCGCAUACAUCAAAAUCUCAUAGAUCUCAUCUUUGGGAAAUCUUGCAUGCUUUGUUAGCAUCAUGGGAUGCCUUGAUACAAUUUUUGCCUUUGAUAUCACACCCCCAAGAAAACGUAAUUGGGAUCGCUUGAAGGUGUGUUUUAUGCUUAUGAAUUUUUUUGUUUGUGGUAAUAUAAUCUUCGAAAGGAGAUACAUAUCAUUUCUCACAAAGCACUAGCUUACAAUCGAAGCAGACCAAGUACCUGAUCUUAUCGCUUCCUUCUCCAUUGCAAGCAGUGGAUUUAUACUUUCCGUAACAGUUUAGUCUAGCAGCCUCAGGUAAGUUCACUCCAAAAUACAUUUUCAUUGGGUGAGGAUGAGUUAAAUGCAUUAAACCUUCUUUUGGGUAAGCUUUAAGAUCAUUUUCGUCAGAAUUUCCUCCGUAAGCUAAGAUGCAUUUCUCUCAGAAAUCUACGUCUCAUCUUGAGCAAUACCAGGAUUCCCCAUUUGUAGUUACUUUCUUUUCAGUACCAGAGGAGGCACAUCCAUGCUUGAUAAUCUUCAGACCAUCACAGAACCAAGAAUUAGACUUGCUCAUCUUAUGUAAGAAGCAAGGGUGUAGAGCGGGGUUGAAAAGUACAGCCUUUAACAGAUUUUUAUCACAGUCUUCCUUGUGCUCAAUGAUCUGAGAUCUUGGGAACUCAAUAUCACAGUGCUCACACUUGACUUUAAUGUGAUUUAUCAUCCUCUGAACAAACUUAUUCACGUUUAGCGCUAGCUUUGUUGUUUCAGAUACGCAUCUGUUUGGACAUUUAUCAAGCUUAGGGCCACAGUCUUGGCAAACUAUAGUUCCGCAGCAAUCAGUUUCAAGAACUUUGACAGGAAUUUCAGUGCAAAUUAUGCACUCUAGCUGGUCGCCAGUGAUGCUGUAUUGGGUUUCCAUUUUUGA